AUGGACGUGUUCGAAUUUGUGGACCCCCUGCGGAAGCGGAAAAUCACCAACAACCUCUUCGACUUCGACCAGUACGUGUACAAGGAGAAGCUGAACGAGUCGGAGGAGAAAAAAAGCGAAGAGUCCGUGGUGAAGAAGAAGAAGAAAAAGAAGCUGAGGAGGGUACUGGACAGCUCAAAUAGCGAGGGGGACAACAACUCGAAGGAGGAUGCCUCCCCCCCCCAGUCGGGGAGGAAGCGAAACGGGGAGCCAGCCAACAAGAGGGAGAAGAAGGGGCGAAACGGGCCAAGCGGGUUAAGCGGCCAAAGCGGACUAAGCGGGCCAAUCGAACCAACCGAUGAGAGCCCCAAGAAGGAGCACGAAGACGAGGAGCAGAAGGACGGCACCGCGCAGCACCCAAACGGAAGCAACAACAACCUGAGUGACGAUAAUGAGGACGAUUACUCCCUGUCGAACGAGCGGGAGGAGCACGAAAAGAACCUGAAGGACCUGUUCGAAUGCUUGCUAGCGUCCAUCAAGAUAAAGAACAAAAUUAUAGAGUACUUCACCUCAAACGUAAAGGAAAAGAGGCAGGAAAUUAUAAAGGAGUUUGUAAAGGGGUCCUUCCGAGUGAGUAAUUUCGACGCGAAUUUCAGCCAUUUUGAGAGAGAAGUGGACACAUUUCAUAAGCUGAAGAAGUACCAAAAAUGUGGCGUCUUCUGGUUAUAUGCACUGUAUAGGGAAAAGAAAAACGGAAUCUUGGCGGACGAAAUGGGAUUGGGCAAAACGGCCCAGACGUGUGUCUUCCUCGAUUACAUGUACCGAACGAAGGAGCUACAAAAUAAAACCAUCAUCGUGGCUCCGACGAGUCUACUUAAAAACUGGAACAACGAAAUUAACAUGUGGUGCCCCUACCUCAGGAAUAAUAAAAUCAUUUAUUAUGGGAAUCAAAAUGAAAGGAAAUAUCUCGCCUAUGAUAUAUUCACCAAUAAGGCGAAUAACAUACACUUAAUUGUCACGAGUAUUAAUAUGCUCAUCGGGAAGAAUGACGUGUCCUAUUUUAGGCAAAUUAAAAAAUACGACUACCUCAUCUUUGAUGAGGCUCAUUUUCUGAAGAAUAAAAACUCCCUAAUUUAUAAGAAGUUGCAAAAGAAAAUCGUUUUUAAUAAUAAGAUUCUGCUCACCGGGUCACCCAUCCAGAACAAAACACAGGAACUCAUGAAUCUGCUUCUCUUCCUCAUGCCAGAGAUAUUUACCGAAAAAAAUAUUAACAACGCUAUGAGUGCCUUCGUCAAAAUGUACCAAGAGAUUCUAAACAGCAAGGAGGGUAGUGACGACCAGGGGGAGGGGAUCGACUCUGCUGCCACCCCUUUGAAGAGCGCAAAAACGCUCGAAAUUUAUGAUAUCAAGUCGGUGGAAAGGAAGGAGCCCAGUGACUCCACCGGGGGAAAGGUCACCUCUCCAGGUGGUAAUACCCCCUCCUCAGAUGGUAACACCUCCUCCCCUGGUGGUAACACCCCCUCCUCGGGUAGCAACUCCACCUGCACAGAAGAGACCAAAAAUAUUAUUAAAAAUUACCUCAUCGAAACGAUAAAAAACGAUGUGAAGUACGUCAAACUGAAGAACAAGGAAAUCAUUCUGCUCCAACUCAUUAUUGAGCCGUACAUUUUGAGGCGGUCCAAGAAGCACGUGUUCAUAGAUAUGCCCAAAAAGCACAGCAUAAUUAUUAAGCUGCCCCUGAACAGCACGCAGCUGAACCUGUAUAAGGAUGAAAUAAUGUCGAAGAUGCAGCACACGCAUAAGCACCUGGAGUUUCUGCAGAAGCACUCGAAUAGGAAGGAGCUGGAGAGGCUCGCGGCCGUCUUCGAGAAGAGGGACAUCAAGCGGGAGCAGAUCUUCCGCGCGGGGAGCGACGUUGCCGAGGUUGGCGGCGUUGCCGAAGUUGCCGAUGCUGCCGACGAGGGGGAGUCGGGUGCCACCCCCAAUGGGAGAAGCCACGCGGCCAGGGAAGUGCCUACCGACGCCGCUGCCGCCCCGGCGGAGCAGCCCAACGACUACGACGACGAGGACGACAAAAUUGACGAGGAAACGAUCAACAUAGAAAAGGCAGAGGAGAACAAAGACAGCAACAUUGUGAUUAAUAAAAGGCAGGACGAGCCGGCGGACACCGAAAGCGUUAACAACACCAGCAAGGAGGUAAGAGGGAAAAUGAUAAAUGCGUCCAUUUUCAUCCUAAGGCGAAUAUGUAACCACCCCCUUCUACACAAAUAUUACUACUCCGUGGAGGAUAUAAAAAAGAUUUCCAAAUAUUUCUACGCCAACACGGAUCAGUACCUUGAUUUGGACCUCAAGACGGUCGAAAAUGAAUUUAUGAAGAUCUCCGAUUUUGACAUUCACCUGUCGAUUAAGCAUUUAAUAUCCCAAGGGGAUGAAAAUUUGAACAAGUACCUCAUUUCGAAGGAGCACAUCCUCAACAGCAGCAAGAUACACCACAUGAUUUCGCUCAUUAAGGAGAUUCGCAAGAAGAAGGAGAAGGUCCUCAUCUUCUCUCAGUUCACCACCUUCCUGGACAUCAUUGAGGAGGCCCUCCUCUACGAGUUUAUCUACGACGAGCAGGACUUCGCGGACCACCGGCAGGGCGGGAAAGGAGGCAACCCAGAUGAGAAGGGUGAGAAGGGGCGCCUCGACGGGCAGGAGGAAGCGGAUCAAGCGGAUCAAGCGGAUCAAGCGGAUCAAGCGGAUCAAGUGGAUCAAGCCGAUGACGACGCUGCCAACGACGCUGAUGCCGCCAAUGCUGCCAACGACGAUGCCCCCCCCCGAAGCAACUCCGGGAAGGAGGAAGACCCCAACGGAGACUUCAACAAAAGCGAAAAGGACCUCUACCUGUCGUCCUCCACCACCUCCACGUCGUCGUUCACCUCCGACCGCAAGGGGAGCAGCCAAAUCUACGUCCGCCUGGAUGGCUCCACCAACACGAUCGAGAGGCAGAAAAUUAUAAAGCGCUUUUCCAAAAACGACAACGUGUUUAUCUUCCUGCUGUCGACUAAGGCGGGCGGCGUGGGGCUCAACUUGAUCGCGGCCAACCACGUCAUUCUGAUGGACCAGGACUGGAACCCCCACAACGACAGACAGGCGGAGGAUCGAGUCCACCGACUAGGACAAAAGAACGAAGUGUACAUUUACCGACUAUGCUGCAAGAACACCAUCGAGGAGACCAUCCUUCGGUGCUGUAAAGCAAAGCUCCACCUGGACCAGGCCUUCGGCGGCAACAGCGACAUGUUGCAAACGGCCCUUAUAAAGGAUGCCUUGAGUGCAAUUGAGAUGCAGUAA